AGUAAUAGCGAGUGGAUCGGCUUGUGCUCAAUGAAUGGAGGCUGCGGGGCGGGCCUGCGUGCACAGCCGCCCUGCCCACGAUGCUGCCUCCCGGAGGCCUGUAGGGCCCUCGCGGCCCCUAGCCCUCCUCCCGCCCCGGGCAGAGGUUGCCGACGGCUCUGCGCCCAACGACGACAGGGAAGGUCGAGGGAGGGUGGUUUCCUCCCGCCCCACACCCAGUCUCCGAGCCGGAUAUAUACAGUGUCACGUUUGGGAGCUGAAAGACCAGAGCAGUUUCCUUGUGGCUGGAGUACUUCCCGUAGCCUCGGGGAAGGACCGGGAUUUAGCGGACCACUAGUUGAAACCCACCCCCGUGCUGGAGGAGCAGUUACCUGUUUGCCAACUGAAGUGUGGAAAAUAUUAGGUGGAAAAUUCCAGAAAUAAAUCACUCAUAAAAUUUAAAUUCCAUGCCAUUCUGAUUAGCAUGAUGAACUCUUGCGCUGUCCCACCUGGGAAGCAGGUCAUCCCUUCAUCCAGCAUAUCCACGCUGCGUACACUGCCCAUCCAUUUUUGAGGUGGCUUCCACAGUUAUCAGAUCAACUAUUACAGUGCUUUGUUCAAGCAACUCGUGUACAGUAGCCUAAUGCUGUGUCACAUGCCUGUGUCACCUCGCUUCAUCUCAUCACAUAGGUACUGCCUCACCUCACACCUUCAUAAGAAGAAAAAGGAUGAAGUGGAGCAGGACAAUCAUCACUGUACUUAUUUUGAGUCUGGACUAGUUUGGGUUCCAAGUCACCUGGAAGUGAACCCGUUCAGUUCAGGAUGUGAUGCCUUCCUUGAGGAUACUUUUUAAUAAUCGAUGCAGGAACCCCUUUUCAGUGGUCUAAAAGAGAAGAGGAGGAAUCAUGUCCAUGAUUGCAGCUUUCUAUGACAACAAGUCCAUCCUCAUCACCGGGGCCACAGGCUUCCUGGGCAAAGUGCUCAUGGAGAAGCUGUUCCGCACCAGCCCUGACCUGAAAGUCAUCUACAUCCUUGUGAGACCCAAGGCUGGCCAAACCCUGCAGCAAAGGGUUUUCCAGAUCCUCAACAGUAAGUUAUUUGAGAAAGUCAAAGAAGUUUGUCCAAAAGUGCAUGAGAAGAUUAAACCUAUUUAUGCAGAUCUCAAUCAGAAGGACUUAGCCAUCAGCAAAGAGGACGUGAAGGAACUCCUGUCCUCUGUCAAUAUCAUCUUCCACUGCGCGGCCACUGUACGCUUUGAUGACCCACUGAGACAUGCUGUGCAACUUAAUGUCACUGCUACCCAGCAGCUCUUGCAUAUCGCCAGUCAGAUGACAAAGCUUGAAGCCUUCAUACACAUCUCUACUGCCUAUUCCAACUGCAACCUGAAGCACAUCGACGAAGUCAUCUAUCCAUGCUCCGUGGAGCCAAAAAAAAUCAUCCAAUCCAUGGAGUGGUUAGAUGAUGCUAUCAUUGAUGAGAUCACUCCCAAGCUGAUUGCUGGUCGGCCUAAUACUUACACCUACACCAAGGCCUUGGGAGAGAUGGUAGUGCAGGAAGAGGGCAGCAACCUGAACGUGGCCAUCAUCCGGCCCUCCAUCGUGGGAGCCACCUGGCAGGAGCCUUUCCCAGGCUGGGUUGAUAACCUAAAUGGACCUAGUGGACUCAUUGUUGCGGCUGGAAAAGGAUUUCUUCGUUCCAUAAAAGCUACCCCAAUGGCUGUGGCAGAUUUAAUUCCAGUUGAUACAGUUGUCAAUCUCACCUUAGCGGUAGGAUGGUACACUGCAGUUCACAGACCUAAGCCAACCUUAAUCUACCACUGUACGUCGGGAACUACCAAUCCCUGUAAUUGGGGCAAAAUGGGAUUACAAGUCUUGGCAACUUUUGAAAAAGCCCCAUUUGAGAGAGCAUUCAGGAGGCCAAAUGCUGACUUCACAACCAACUACUUCACAGCCUCCUACUGGAAUGCGGUCAGCCACCGGGCCCCUGCCAUCAUCUAUGACUUCUAUCUGCGACUCACUGGAAGGGAGCCCAGGAUGACAAAGCUCAUGAAUCGGCUUUUAAGAACUAUUUCCAUGCUGGAGUACUUCAUCAACCGGAGUUGGGAAUGGAGCACAUACAAUACAGAAAUGCUGAUGUCAGAGCUGAGUCCUGAGGACCAGAGAGUAUUCAACUUUGAUGUGAGCCAGUUGAACUGGCUAGAAUACAUUGAAAAUUAUGUUUUGGGAGUUAAGAAAUACAUAUUGAAAGAGGAUAUGGCUGGGAUCCCAGAAGCAAAGCAACACUUAAAAAGGCUCCGAAAUAUUCACUACUUCUUUAAUACUGCCCUCUUUCUUAUCAUCUGGUGCCUUCUCAUUGCAAGAUCUCAAAUGGCCCGGAAUAUGUGGUUCUUCAUUGUGAGCUUCUGUUAUAAGUUCCUCUCCUACUUUAGGGCAUCCAGAACGCUAAAGAUCUAAGAACAUUCAACAUUCACCUUUUCGGAACCUCUCAGAUACCUCUCAAAACAGUAAACUGUGGUUCUCAAGAUUAGGAAGUAACAAGGAACAUGUCCAAGCUGACAUAUGUCAAAUAUGCUGUUAUGUAUUCAUCACUAUUUCUUAACUGUCUGUUUUUAUUUCCAUGAAAGAAGGAAAGUCACAAACUAGACUAUAGCCAUACAUAUUUUAGGAAAAAAUUACUUCCAGAUUAUUUCCUAACACUCUAGUCUAGGCUCUUGCAUACUCAAUGUGAAAAUGCUCCCACUUUUCUUAUUUAGCUUUUCUCUUUGAGAGGAUUAAUUUCAACUCAAUAAGCAAGGAAGAACAUAUGGAGAAGCCAAAAUAAGCUAAGGCAGUACUAACCCUGGAAACAUACUGGGGUAACUGGGAGAAAGGUCUGAACACAAGACAAGUAGAGGAAUUGUGAUCUCAACACCCUCACAAAUGCUUUAAGUUAAACAAUUCCCCACUGGAGUGGCUCUCCUUCCUUUCUAUGCUGUAACAGAGUCCUGGUUAAGGAGUAGAAUCAGAAAAGUGAGUUCACAUUUACCAUUUUUCUUAACUAUAUCCACUUCUUAAAAACUAAAAAAAAAAAAAAAAAAGAUCAAGAAGUGUAAAUAAUUGUG